AUGUCGCUCGAGCCCGACGCCGAGCCGGCGACGGAGGAGCGCGCGCGCCGCGAGCGGCUCGUCACGCUCGAGCGCGCGCUCGCGGGGGCGCUCGCGGGGGGGAUCUCGCGCGUGUUCACCGCACCGAUCGAUCGCGUGAAGUUGUUGUUUCAAGUCGACGCGCGCGCGAGUGGGUUCACGCUCGCGCGAGGGGCGCGCGCGGCGCGCGCGAUCGUCCGGGACGAAGGUGCGUUGGCGCUCUGGCGUGGGUGUCACGCGGCGGUGCUUCGGAUCCUGCCGUACAGCGCGACGACGUUCGGGACGUAUAACGCGUACAACGCGGCGCUCGCGCGGGCGUUCGACGUGGCGCCGGAUAACGAUGCGGCGAAGAAACAUCGAGGAGAGGAUGAACGGACGCCGCCGGUGGGAGACGUGCGCACGCGAUUCGUCGCUGGGGCGCUCGCGGGGGCGACGGCGACGGUGUUGACGUACCCGUUGGAUUUGUUGCACGCGCGGUUGGCGGCGCACUCGACGACGCGUCCGGCGCCGAAUAUCUCGGGGAUGUUCGGAAGCGCGGGAUAUUUGUACGACGUCGCGACGAAGAGUGGGGCGCGGAGUCUGUAUAACGGGCUCACGCCGACGCUGAUGGGGAUCGUGCCGUACGGCGGGAUCUCGUUCGCGACGUUUGAGACGCUGAAAUCAAUGUACGUCAAUCACGCGACGAAAGGGAUGAACGUCGUGACGGAGGAUGAGUUUGAGAUGCCGGUGCACUUGAAACUCGUCGCGGGUGGAUUUGCGGGCAUCGCCGCGCAAACGUUGACGUAUCCCUUGCACGUCGUGCGACGACGAAUGCAGGUGCACAUCAGCGCGGGGGCGUCCGCGCCGCUGUAUCCGAGCAUUUUCGCGGGUCUACGGCAGAUUUACGUCAACGAGGGGGUGAAGAAUGGAUUAUUCAAAGGCGUGACGUUGACGUGGGUGAAAGGCCCGUUCGCCGCCGCGCUCGGUUUCACGGCGAACGACGUGCUCUUCCAGCGGGUCGGUCCGAUGUUCCGUCACGCGUUGCUCGAUAAGGAUCCGCCGGGGACGCACGUGCCGGUGAUCUGGCACGAGCGUAAAGCCAUCACCGCGCUCGAGACUUUGUUCAGCGGCGCAAUCGCGGGAGCCGUGGCGAAAACCGUCGUCGCUCCGGCGGAUCGGGUCAAAAUCAUUUACCAAGUGGAUUCAAAGAAGGAUUUUUCCUUCAACUCUGCGCUGCGCACCGCGAGACAAAUCAUUCAAACCGAGGGUAUUUCUGCGCUUUGGCGCGGUAACGGAGUGCAGAUGGCGCGCGUCAUGCCGUACGCGGGUGUGAGCUUCCUCGCGUUUCCUAAGUACGACGCGUACGUGGACAAGGUAAUGCACGGUCAAAUCCCCAAACUCUUCGGCAUUCGCUUGGGGGAGCACGAAGAUGAAGCUAGAAUUUUCUCUCGCUUCUGCGCCGGCGCCGCCGCCGGCGCCACCGCGACGACGAUGACGUAUCCAUUAGAUAUGCUCCGCGCUCGAUUCGCGGCGAGCGCGACCGCGGCAAAGGCUCCGCUAGUAGAUGUCGCCGCACUCGUUCGUCAGCGCGGUAUCGUCGCUCUGUACAGUGGAUUGUCUCCGACGCUCAUCGGGAUCGUGCCGUACGGUGGCAUUUCGUUUGCGACGUUUGAGACGCUCAAAUCGAUGCACAUGAAAUCAGAGUUGACGCGGGCCGAGUCUCUCGGGGAGGCUCCGUCCUCAUCUCUUCCCGUGACUGUCCGUCUCUUCUACGGCGGCAUGGCGGGUCUCUUGGCGCAAAGCAUCACCUAUCCGCUCGACGUGGUGCGACGCCGCGUGCAAGUUUUGGGUAAAACGGGCGCGAGCACGCGGGAGGCGUUGAUAGAAAUCGCACGAAAAGAGGGCGUGCGCGGAUUGUACAAGGGUCUCACGAUGAACUGGGCGAAGGGACCGCUCGCCGUCGCCGUGAGUUUUGCUACGAAUGACUACAUUAAAUCGCGAUUCAGUGAAUGGCACGACGCUGAAAACGCAUAG